CGCUGUAGUCGCAUUAGUUUACAUCAUGGUUGCCCUACGAUCGCUCGCAGUUGUCAACGCCGAUCAAUUUGCAUAAUGUCCAAUAAAGGAGCUACUAAGAAAACUGAACUUAAAGAUGAAGUUAAAACACGUACGCGGUCAAGAUCUAAAGUUCUAUCAAGCAAGGAAGGCGAUGCAGAAACGUCGAAAAAAUUGGAAUCUAAUCUUCCAAGAAAAUCUCAAACCAUUGAGCAUAGAGGAGAUGGGGACAAAUCAAAACUGUUACAGAAUUCCAUAACAAAUAGAACACGAUCAACUAGAAAUAUUAGUAAGCCAUCUAUUGGAUCUUCUCAGAUUAAGACUAUCAAGCAAAGUUCUUCGUCCUCAACAUUGAAAUCUAGUCCACAUAAUGCUUCAUCUAGUCACUUGUUAACAAAAAAGAAUAUAAAUUCCAAGACAAAAUCUGAAAAUGCUAUUAAAUUGAACGACGAUAGUACGAUCAAGAAGAGGAAAUCUAGAGAGCAAACGGGAUAUUCAGAAAAAAGAGGCGUUAGUACAGUAUAUAUGUCAAAGCCAAUUGCAAACAAGCUUAAUAUUAAGUCUAAGGAGAAGACUGUAUAUCGAACAUCGAGAGAUAAGGAAAAAUUGCAAGAUUCUUCUGUAUUUGGUCAAGCUAAAUCACAACUGUCAUCCAGAGAGCGUAGGAAAUCCAGAACACUAAGUCCCAGUGAAGUAAGAAUGCUGCAUAGUGCUGUAAAGAGACCGGAGAUAGCAGAAAAAAUAGAGCAGAAGAAAAAUAUCACAACAGAUCCACCUGAUCAUCCUGAUGCACAAGCAGAUUCGGAUCAGGCAGACUAUGAUUACGAGGACGAUUUUGAGGAUUAUGAAUCGGACUUUCAAGAAUGCACCGACAGCGAUCCUUCCUUAAUUAGCGAAAAGUCAGAUAGCAGUGGAAGUAAUUCCCAUCUAGAACCUAUCGAACUGCGUUCCCGAGAAAAGAAGAGCACGGAACAUAUGAAAGUCGAAGAGGAACGUAUGCUCGAUUCGGGACACUACGAUCUCGCGGAAGCGAGAAAACGGGCGGCACGGGUAGAAUCUAUGCUCGUAAAUCAAUCCAACACGCCGCCGUUACCUGAAUUAAGAGAGCCAAUUGGCAAAACAUUUAGUGAUGACAGACCGGUGGAAAAUAAAUCUUUGCCGUCAUCUACCGAUGAAGGUUUCGAGGAUAGUCGCUCCGGGGAUUUUAUUAGAUCUCCGCCAUUGUCGCAAAUACCAUUUAUCGAUUUUCGUAAAUCGAAAGAAAACCAAAGCGAAGAGAAUUUACGAAAACUUCGAAGCAGAGGCGAGGAAUUAUUGGAAAUGAUAAAACUGGAUUUUAUGGAAUGGUCGCUCUUAGAGUGCAGCCCCAUACCUUACGAUGAAUUUAUAAGAAAUUACGGAAAACUAAAUACUCAACAAGUGUGUACUCAAACUGGCGACGAUAAUAUGGACAUCGAGAUACAAACGGACGAAGUACACAGUAAGAAUAAAUGGACUCAAUUCCCUGUAACAUGUAGAAAAGAAUUACGUGACAAACGGGAUAUAAACUUAUUUAGAAUGGAACAAAAUGGUGUCGGAAACGAUUUGGAUGAGCCGGACGAUAUAAAUUUUUUAUUACGGCCAUCAUAUGAUGUAUUACAGUUGAAUGAUUUUCUUAAUCGCGCGGGCACAGUCGUGUUAUCCUUACUGGAAGAGAAAGAACACGGUGGUACCGUUUUUCAAAACAAUGUAGACGGAUUAUCGUUUAGUGAUGGUUUCGUGAAGCUCUCUGUAGAUUCAGUGACAUUUUUAGCUACCAGGCCAGUUAAGAUUAUACACUAUUCAAACAUCUCAAAUAAGAUUCUGCUCACUAUACACGCUCCCGUAGAAGAGGAGAUAGAAACCAUAAGUAGACAGGAUUACAUCACCGAUUGUUGCAUUGGAUGCGUUUGGAACAUUUCCGAACCUUCAAUGCCGAAGAAAUUAUUCUAUUCGCAAAGCUCCAUUACCGCUUGUUGUUUUCAUUUAACGAAUUGCGACAUAGUGUUCGCCGGACUCGAGGAUGGAUCACUGAGCCUCUGGGAUCUGAAGGAUGAUGAGAUGUGGCAUCAGAAAAUUACUGAUAAAGCUAACGAGUUGGAUUGGGUGAUAAGAACCCCCACUUAUACAACAACAGGAAUUACGGAGUUAGAUGCACACACGUCGCAAGUUGUUGCGAUACGUGUGCAAUCAAAAAUCGAGACUAUUUCUGCCAAAGAAAGAAGCAACAAGUUUGUUCCUAUUCAGAUAUGUAGUUUAGACGAGGAUGGUUAUCUUAUAAUAUGGAGUAUUGUACACAAUAUGGGUAUAAAUAUCGAUGAUUUGGGACUCUCUCACUGGGGUAACAUAAGGCUUGUAAAGAAUCAGAAAAUGUCUUUAACAGAAAGAAACAAGGAGAUAAUGAAUACAUUUAUCGAUAUGCAAGUGGAUAGCGCAAAUACAAAUAAUAUUUAUGUCGUAACUAACAACACUAAUGUUUUGCAUGCUACUUGCAUCGGUAACAAAACUAAUCCAUUAAUGUACAAACCAACUGAAAUAAGUGAAUGUGGUAGUUCAACUUGCAUCGAUGUCUGUCCUUUUAGUCAAUCAUUUUUCUGGAUCGGUUGUAAUGACGGAACGAUUCGACUUCAUUACUUGAAUACGGAGAGACCGAUCGUACAACUGAAAAAUGAACAAUGUAUAGAUAAAAUUAAAAUUUUGCAAUGGUCAAAGACGAAACCGCUGACUAUAUACAUCCUGGACAAUAAUUCUCGAAUUCAUGUAUGGGACUUGAGUAAGAGUGACACCGGCCCUGUACAUACGUUGUCUAUGCAAAAGGAGGGAAGUAUAAGCAGCAUGCAGCUAUCCUCUUGCAUAAUGGAUCAAGAUAUGAUGAAUCAAUACUUGGCCUUUGGCACCGAAUCUGGUAAUGUAGAGGUACACAAACUGAAAAAAGACUUCUACUAUUCGAAAAAAGAAGAAUUUUUACAAGAAUUCAACGUGUUUUCGCGAUACGUUUCGGUUCCAUAAA